AUGGUGGAGUUUCAUGAAGAGGAAUCUGACAGGAUUGAGCCUUUCAGUCCUGUCGCAGAGGAGGAAGAAGAUGAUUUCCGGUCGCUGCAGGAAGAUGAAGAAGAAAUCAGCUAUGAUGAUCUCAAGAAGAGGAUGUGGAAGGAUCGUUUGCGGAUGCAGAAGCUUAAGAAGCAGAGAGAUGAAGAAUCAGAGACGCAGGCGAGAGAAGAUGCUUCUCGUCGCAAGAAGAUGGCUAGAGCUCAAGAUUCCAUUCUCAAGUACAUGGUGAAGAUCAUGGAGGUUUGCAAAGGACAAGGUUUCGUAUACGGGAUUGUCCCUAAUAAAGGAAAACCUGUUACAGGCUCUUCUGACAGUUUACGUUACUGGUGGAAAGAAAAAGUCAGGUUCGAUCAAAAUGCUCCUCUCGCCAUUUCUGAAUACUUGCCGCUACUAGAGCAAAGCUUACCGGCGACCGGGAAUUCCACAGCUUCUUUCAUUCAUCUCCUUCAAGAUUUACAAGACACCACGUUAGGGUCUCUUCUUUCUGCUCUUAUGCAACACUGUAUCCCUCCACAAAGGAGGUUCCCCCUAGAGAGGGGAAUAGCCCCUCCUUGGUGGCCAACGGGAAGGGAAGUUUGGUGGGGUGAGCAAGGAAUGGUGGCCAAAGAACAAGGUCCUCCGCCUUACAAGAAGCCUCAUGACCUUAAAAAGGCAUGGAAGGUGAGUGCAUUGGCUGCUGUUAUCAAGCACAUGUCACCUAAUGUCCACCAGAUUAGGAGGCUUGUAAAACAAUCAAAGUGUUUGCAAGAUAAGAUGAUGGCUAAAGAGACUGCUACUUGGUCAAAAGUGCUUAACCAAGAAGAAUUACUUCUUCAGCUGACAGAAAAAUGCCUCAAAAUCUCAGCUUCGGAUGAAGAAGAUAACAAGGAAGAUGAGCAAGGGCACUCCAAAAGCACUUCUGGUAAAGGCAAGUAUAUUAGUGAGACAAGCAGCCCCAGAUCAAGUAGACAAGCCAAGAGGAAGUGUGUUGCUGCUGAAGAGGUUUCACUAAAUACAUUACGUUCUUGCCAUAAUUUGAUCUCCCAAAAAACCCAAGUGGGCCAAGAUCGAGAAAUUGAUGACCAAGGUCCUGAUUUCCCUGUCAACAAUCUCUUUCUCUCCAGUCCAAUUGGUCCAAUAAGGAUUUUGGGAGUUGAAAAUGUUGAUGACACCUGCAGAGAUGUAUCAUCAUCGCCGCCAGAUUGGCUGAGGAUUGAGCUUCCGAGGACUAGUCAGACCGAUUACGUAGAUGCAAAUUACGAAGCUGGAGAUCAGGCUCAUCAAGAAGGCCAUAACUGGUUUACUACUAGUGCACUCGGAGAUCUGAAUUACCAGAAAGGAAUCGAGUAUCUAGCCAUGGAUGGAGCUUUUGAAGUUAUCAGGGAAAACAUGGACAUAUCUUUAAAUCCAUUAGUACAAGAGAAUAAUAAUAAUGCAGAUGGAGCUUCAAGCUCAAUCUGGGACAUGGUUUAUGAGCAAUAA